GACAGUGACAGAUAUACUAGUAUAACAUAACUGAGGUUAUGUUUUAAUAUUUUAUUUUUAUGUAAAUAUGAAUUUUCAUGUCUUUUUUUAUGUUUUUCUACCACAUAAGCAUAAGAUAACGAAACGAAAUGUUUAAAAGCUAAGACUGAAGUUAUAAUGGACAUACAAUUCUUAGUAGAAUUUGGAUUUAUGGUGUUACUGUUGAUUUUGGUGAGAAUCACGUUCCUUAUACACAAAAUCACCACUGGAUAUAGCAGAGUUGAUCCUAAAAGAACCAAACCAAGUAAAACUGUAAUAUGUAUUGGGUCUGGAGGCCACACAACAGAAAUGCUUACCCUCAUAAAACAUUUAAACUUCCACAACUAUACUCCUAGAUAUUAUGUUAUGGCGAAAAGUGAUACAACUAGUCUUAUUAAAGUUACCACUUUUGAAGAAAGCAGAAAUGCCAAAGUGAAUAAAGAUUAUUUUAUAAUAAGGAUACCAAGAAGCAGGUCUGUAGGACAAUCAUACAUAAGUUCAGUGUUAACUACAUUAGUUUCUAUUUUAUAUUCAGUUCCUAUAGUUGUAAGUUUAAGGCCUGAUCUCAUUUUAUGUAAUGGACCAGGAACUUGUAUUCCAAUUUGUGUUCUAAGCUUCCUGUUAAAAUGUGCAUUUAUCACUCAAUCAAAAAUUGUUUUUAUCGAGAGUUUUUGUAGAACUGAAACAUUUUCGCUAACUGGUAAGAUUUUAACUUAUAUAGCGGAUAAUUUUAUUGUGCAAUGGCCUAGUCUUAAAAGUAAGUUGAAAAGAGCUGAAUACAUUGGUCAGUUAAUGUGAAAAUUGCCUCAAAUUGUUUUAAAGGCUUCUAGAUACAAUUCCUGUUUAAGCUCUUUGUAUACUAUAAUAUACUCUUAUAUUAGAAAUUUAUUUAAACUAUUUAAUGUGACUUCAUAAAUAAAUAAAUAUAUUAUAUAUAUCAUCUAA